UAAUGCAACGCAAUUUACGCAGAGCUCAGAGUAAUGGCGUCUGUGCGAGGCAAGCUCACAAGACUCACAAAAUGAAGAGACGGAGGGAAUAUUUAUGUUAGCAGAGGGCCUGUAGAAGGGUUUUCGGGCGCGGGAUAGCAGCGAGAGGCGCGGACUUGGCAGCAGUUGAGGACUUUGAUCGGUUGAGCGCGAUGAUAAAGCUCAAGUCCAACCAGACGCGCACUUACGACAGAGACGGCUACAAGAAGCGCGCGGCCUGCCUGUGCUUCAGGAGCGAGCGCGAGGAGGAGGUGCUGCUGGUGAGCAGCAGCAGUCAUCCGGAUCGAUGGAUCGUUCCUGGAGGAGGCAUGGAGCCCGAGGAGGAGCCCGGCGUCGCUGCUGUCAGGGAGGUGUGUGAGGAGGCGGGAGUAAAAGGAACAUUAGGACGAUUGGUAGGCGUUUUUGAGAACAGAGACAGAAAGCAUAGAACAUAUGUCUACGUUCUCAUCGUAACUGAAGUUCUUGAGGACUGGGAGGAUUCAGUAAAUAUAGGCAGGAAGAGGGAGUGGUUUAAGACGGAAGAGGCCCGGCGUGUGCUGCAGUGUCACAAACCCGUGCAGGCGUCUUACUUCGAAGCCCUUCGUCAGGACUCUGUGACCAGCAACGGCACGUCUCUGGUGGCCACUUACAACAUCAAUCAAAACUCUCUCUCCAGCAUCAGAUAACCACCAAACUCUCCUUACCUUUUUGUCCCCGUCCUUUUUUUUUAACGGCUACAUCAACAAGCUGAUCGCCUUACCAGCCUUUUUUAGCGUUCAGAUGAAGAUCACGAGACGCACGAAGUCUUCGGCGUGUGUUUCUUCGUUCGUUUUAGGGAACACUUGCAUGAGAUUCUCUCUCCCCAACGCCGGGAUUGCUGAACGCAGCUACUCUCGACUCUCGCGUCUUGAAAUAAGUAGCGUUUAAAGAGAAAGCAGCCGUCGGGAGUGUUUGUAAUGACGUGGUGGUAAACGUUUGGCCCCUUUCGCUCUGCCGUGUUUGCCUUUAGCUCCUACGGAUGCGCUGUUAUAUAGAGUUGGGUGAGUUUUUGCAUGAAGCGCAUAUUCAAAGUCUUUAUUCUUUAAACCGCUAAACAAAAGAGAGAUUAGGUCUUAAAUCGAUCCAAACGGUUGAAAGCUUAGUCUCAUUGCCAACUUUACACAAUAAUGUUGGGGAUUUCUCUCAAACGCAGCUACUUUUAAAAUGAUUUAACGAGUGCCGUCAUACGAUUAAAUCAUCGAAGGCGGUCUUGAUCGAGGUUUCAGGAACGUCUUUGUGUGACGGCGUCUCUAGAAAGCAUUGGAUUAAGUGGCUUAAUGCGAUCCAAUGCAAGGAAGCACAUUCUGGACAUCGGUAUCAUAAAUCUCCGUCUUCUUCGUUCUUACCGUUCUGAGGGCUUUGCACCAGUAUUCAUAACGCAACGGCAACAAUACCAAUUUUCCGAGUUUCUAGUCGCGUACGCGCGUGGAUCUAUGCGCAGUAUGUGAGUUUGUGCGCGUGAAGUAACGUGAACAAUCCAAGGACCUGAUGCCAAGGUUAGCUGUCUGCCUAAUAAACCGCCUCUCCUGUAAGAGGAUCGAUUUCAUUCGAAAUGUUUACAGCUCGAUCGUAGUUUCUGUUCAGACACUGGAUAUCCACUGACCUCUGUUGAGUCGUUGUAGAUGACUGUUAACGGUGCCAUUUCUUUUUUUUUUUGAAAUGCACUUUUCUAGGUCUUAAACGAUUUAGUUAGUCCUAAUUAUUAUAAAAUAUUUUUUUUUUACGUUUAUGAUUCAUGAAAUUGUCACAAGCGCGUACUUCAAAUGAUAAAUGAUCGUCUUAUCAGUAUUUCGAUGUUUUUUUCUUUUGAAUCAGGAAGCACAAGUUAGUUUAUUGAGGGGUAGCUUCUAAAUUUACCAAAUCUAAAAUGUUCUCCGUGGGCUAAAACGGGAAUUAUGUCCCGGUUAUUGCAACGAGAUCAUUUAGAUCAUAAACCCGAUGCUAUGCUGGUCCUCCAGUGUUUGCGUGAAAUAGCCGUUUUUCAGUAGCGAAGAUUCAUGCGAUCAAUCGUUGGCGGAAUGUGAACGAGCAACGAUCAAAUCACUUCUAAUAACAGACUUGCCCUUGAAUUGUAAACGCCACGCUAUUUGAAGGAAAAAAAAAUGUUUUACACUUACAUCAUCGUCGGUGUUGUAGAUGUUUUGGUGUAAAGUUUUCAUUAUUUCUCGAGUAAACUGAAAACAUGUCACGAA